AUGGUUCUGCGCUCGUGCCUUGCAACAGGCUCUAUCCUCAACACCAUCUACUCUCACUCGUAUCUAGAAGUGUGCAUCGAGUUGCCGAACGACCCCAAGGUGUUGUUGAGGGGGUGGGUAAGCUCUCAGAAUAACCAGCUCGGUUCAGGUCACGGGCGGCUUGGCAUGUUUACGUCCCGUGUUGUGGUCAACAGUGCGGGUGAAAGAAGCUCAACACCAAAGCGCAUUGCUAACAACAGCUUCUUUCCCACAAAACACCUUGGCCUUUCUGUUAUGUCCGGUCUCCCUCGGCCUGGCCCGCCUCCCGGUAAGAAAGUCCCAACAAUGCGCCCUUCAUCCAUGCGUCCGCCUCUCAAUACGGCGCGCGGCCGUUCUGCUACACCUGCACACAAUGGCCGAACCUCCCCGGCAGAGUCAGUGGCUUCUUCACGAGUGCGAUCAUCGCCAGCGCCAGGUACAAAACGUAAACAGCGAGACUUCGACCAGGAUCACGGCGAGGAAACCAACAUCAAUGUUGUCGUCCGGUGUCGCGGUCGCAAUGAUCGCGAAGUCCGAGAAAACAGUGGCGUCGUUGUCUCUACCGACGGAAUCAAGGGAAGAAUCGUUGAUUUAUCCAUGGGACCCAAUGCUCUUAGCAACAAGACGUACCAAUUCGACAAGGUCUUCUCCCCGGCGGCUGAUCAAAACAUCAUCUUUGACGAAGUCGUUGCUCCGAUCUUGGAUGAGGUAUGCUCUAGUGGAAUUGAUAAUCGUGUCCUUGGUGGCUUCAAUUGCACAAUCUUCGCCUAUGGCCAAACUGGCACUGGCAAGACGUACACCAUGUCCGGCGACAUUUCCGACAUCCUUCCUCUACCAGAUGCGGCUGGUAUCAUCCCACGUGUAUUGUUUUCCCUUUUUAACAAGCUCGAAAGCACCGAAUCCGAAAACUCUGUCAAGUGCUCCUUCAUCGAGUUAUACAACGAAGAAUUGAGGGACUUGUUAUCCGCGGAUGACCAUGUCAAAUUGAAGCUCUUCGAGGACAAUAACAAGAAGGGUCACAGUUCAACUCUUGUUCAGGGUAUGGAGGAGUGCCACAUCAAGACCGCUUCCAGAGGUAUUCAGCUACUCCGCGAAGGAAGUCACAAGCGCCAAGUUGCCGCAACGAAAUGUAACGACCUUAGUUCUAGAAGCCAUACUGUUUUCACCAUUACCGUCUUACUGAAACGAACUACCGAUGAUGGACAGGAGUACAUGAGCUCCGGGAAGCUAAACCUUGUCGAUCUUGCUGGAAGCGAAAAUAUUCAGCGAAGUGGAGCAGAAAACAAGCGCGCUACUGAGGCCGGAUUGAUCAACAAGAGCUUGCUGACGCUUGGUCGAGUUAUCAAUGCCCUCGUGGAUCGAGGUUUGCAUAUUCCGUACCGCGAAUCGAAAUUGACGCGUCUUUUGCAGGAUUCUUUGGGAGGACAGACGAAGACGUGCAUUAUCGCAACCGUGUCACCAGCCAAGAGCAACCUCGAGGAGACUAUUUCCACCCUAGACUACGCUUUCCGUGCCAAGAACAUCCGUAAUAAGCCACAGGUCAACCAACUCAUGUCAAAGAAGACUCUACUGAAGGAGUUUACGACUGAAAUUGAGAAACUCAAGAGUGAACUCAUCGCGACUCGGCAACGGAAUGGCGUGUAUCUCACCCAAGAAAACUUUGAGGAGAUUACCACCGAGAGCGAGUCAAGACGAAUCCUUAGCGAAGAGCAGCGAGACAAGAUUGAAACAAUGGAAAUCCAUCUACGCAACAAGGGGCAAGAGCUGUUCUCUCUUAUGACUAACUUCCAGAAUCUUAAGAAGGACAAUGAGCAGGCCAAGAUUACGUUGGAGGGCACAAAGAGCAUUCUUGAGAAGACGGAGAUUGUGUUGGAGCAUACUCGACAGAAUCUUGCGGAAGAAUCGAUGCUCCGGAAGGCGCACCAGAAGACAGAGGGCGAUCUAGCAGAUAUCGGGUAUGACAUGAUUUCUACCCUCAGAAAGACAACUUCAGAUAUCAAUGGCCUACGCUCAAAAAUCCGUCGCAAGUCCGACCUACAGUCCCAAAAUCGACAGAACUGGGCCUCGUCACAAUCACAAGUUUACGAUACCACAAGUCUGGUUGAGAACCGGAUAGAACAAUUCCAGGCCCAACAAGAGCUGAUGAUGAAUAGUCUCUCUACAAGGAUGCAGACGUUUGUCAAAGACGAGCUGAAUAAGCUCGGGGCUUCUCAAACCUUCUUGCAGGAGAAGAUGAAGGCAUACAAUAUUUCGGAGCAAGAGGUGAAUGAGCAGACUACCAAAGCUUGUGAUGAUGUGAACGAGGUUUUGGGAGAGAUUAAGACACUACGAGAAGAAGUGAAGGAGAGGUUAGGCGCUGGACUCAAUGAGCUGUCUGUUGCUGCGGAAAAGAUUUCGGAGAACAUUAUCAUAGAGCUAGAGGCUUUUCAUACUGAGCUUCACUCAUCUUACUCGUCACUCGGCAGAGAAUUCAAGAACACGUUUGACGACCUCACCAGGUGCUUGAACGAGCAACAGGACGAAAACAGCCAGCUUCAUCUGCAGAUCCUGAAUGCCAACACCGCCCUUUUGGCUGACGAAGAAAAACAAAAGUCCGUGGAAGAGCGCCAACAGCUGUUAGCUCAGAUUACUUCCCUCAUCAAUUCUAGCGCCGAAGUACAGGUGGAGAGGAUGAAUGAGCGGAUUUCGAGUGUUAGUGAGGAGAUUAGUGGUGCAAAUGCGGCGUUCAACACAAAGCAGACUGCGUACAGCCAGGGCAUGAGCGCUUGGUCAGAUCGGUCAAAGGAAAUCGUCUUUGGUGUAUCGAAAGCACGAGACAAUGUGAAGGCGAAGAUCAAGACCGACUUUGCGGUCGCAACACAACACUCCGCUUCGAUCAAAGACACCACAACAUCUGUGCACGCUAGCACCGUCAAGACUGUCGAAGCCCAGAUGGUGCAUUUGAACGCGCAGCUGCACUCUCUCGACGAUAUUGUCUCGCGAAUCCGCGCGCAGAAUAAUGCUCACCAUACUACUCACACAGUAUCUCUCAAUGCUCUUUCAUCGACAGUUCAGUCGUCAUACUCGAGUAUUGGGGACCAUCUUUCGACUUCGUUUGCACGUGUGCAGUCUCUUGAAUCAGACGUGGCUGCUCAAACAACAGCUCUCAAGGAUACUCUUCUUACUCUCUCUGAGGAUUCUAGUAUCCGCACUCCCCUCCACGAGCUUCGAGAUAGCAUUAGCAACCAGAGCCUCAUGGAGUACAGCUCGACUGGGGAGACUCCGCAAAAGACGUCUUACACCGUUCCAUCCACUCUUCCCCGUACCGAUUCCCAAGAAACCAUUCUCUCCCACCUCCGCGACAGACCUGCUUCUACAGAUACAGUGCGCAGUCCGACAAAAGGCCAUGUCUUCAACGAUGCGACCAACACCACCUUAUCCGACGAUAAUUUCUUCUCCUCAACAAUGGCCAAACCCAACUUCUCCCAUUCUAUCAUCACAAACACUCACUCAGUCCCAGGCAUGGCGGGUCACUCUCUACGCGAGUUAGAUGUUAACAUCGUCUCGCAGGACUCGCUCAAAUCUCCCCCUCUCGUCUCCCCAUCCGAAGUCGUCACCGGCAACGGUGGCGGGCCUCCGCCUCUCAAAAAGCAGAACCGGGGUGAGGAUGGCGGGUCGAGUAAGUUGCCAAUGAAGAAGAUGGGACGCAAGACGGUUGGGGGACUGGGUGCGAGUCAGGGUCCUGGAGAUCGGGAGAAUUUGACGAUUACAAAUUUUUCAGCGAGUGUGGGGCCGGGGGUUGUUGGGGGGCGGAGACUAAGGAGCCAUGGGAGUAGUUCAUCUGAAAUGAGAAGGCGGCUUAAUGAUCUGGACGUGGAUCUGUGGAUCUGUGGAUCUGUGCUUGGCAUUACCACCUUCCUAGGCUACUUAAUCAGCGGCCGGUUUGCAGAGGUCAUGUUCUCUGCUGAGUUUCCACGGCGUUGCCUUGAUUUCAUGGAUUGCUUUUCACUUUCCAUGAACACCCCAUAA